UAUCAUCACCCUUGUACAGGUUACAUUUCCAAAGUCCAAAGCAAACCUUGCUCUCUUUAAGUAGUUAUACAUGUACAUGUAUGGCUUCCCUCCUCCUGUGAUAACCUUUUCCAGUGUACAAUAUUGUAAACAUGGUUCACAUUUGAAGUUUGAUUUUUUUUUUAGAACGGCUCUUCACCUUGCCUGUGCUCAAGGUAAGGAGGACAUUGUAAAAUUCCUCCUGGCAAACAAUGCUAAGACUAAUCUCUGUGACAACUAUGGUCGAACACCACUCAUGAAGGUGGUAGAAUGUCAGUUCUUGGAGUGUAUUAGAAUUUUGCUGGAUCAUGGAGCUCAGGCAAAUGUUGUGGAUGUCAAUAACAGCACAUCGCUUCAUCUUGCUGCAGCUAAUGGCGACAUUGAUGCUGCUGUGCUUUUGUUAGAAAGAGAAGCUAAAGUUGAUGCCAAAGACAAGGAAGGUUUUACUCCUCUCCAUGUGUCAUCAUCACUCGGAAACUUAGACUUUGUCAAUUUUCUGAUCAACGAAGGAGCAAAGAUUGAUGAAGUUGAUGCUCAUGGAAGGUCAGCGUUGAUGACAGCCGCUAGUGAGGGACACAUUAGUAUAGUUCGACUUUUCCUUCAGCAUAAUGCAAACACUGAACUAAAAGACUCCCAGGGAUGGAAGGCUUCAGACCAUGCUGUCAUUCACGGACACCACAGUGUUUCAAAUAUCAUUGAAGAGUAUGAAGAACAACAAGAAAGAGCAAGAAAUCAGGUGAAGAACACAAAAUCAAAUCAGUCUACACCCAAUAAGAGAGUGGAUUUCACUGGAUUGCUAGGAACUGGAACAACAACUAAUGACGUGGACUUCUCAUUUGGAGGACCUGUCGCAGAUGAGGGAGGUUAUAAUAGUGCUUCAGCAAAGGAAGAGGAUUCUGUCAGUCACCAUUCAGGAGGAGAUUCAUGGGAUUCUUCUGGUGAUGAGGAUGACAACAUGUUCCAAUCAAAAGCAAAGCCGACUUCAGCAAAGCCCAGUUUAUUGGCGGCACUUAACAAGUCUCCUCAACAAGUCACUAGGUCAGCUUCAGACGUGUCCACUAAUAGUGCCAAAUCGGCUAGUCGAAUUCCAGUCAAAUCAUCCCUUGUCAAGUCAGAGCCUAACCCUGUUCAAGAAUCCAAACCAACAUCCCGUGACACCAGUGCCCAGUCACGCAUCCCUGUCUUGACAGGUGAGACCCAGUCCCUCUCUCCUGCCAAGAAGCCAUCAGUGACUGGCACUAGCCCCACCACCUCUGAGCAGAGCACACCGACCAAGAGAAAACUACCAAUUCCAGGGGGAGUGGGCCAGGCUGUAAAGGAAGCUCCUCAAACCAGGACAGUUCAGAAAGAGGAAAAUAGACCUCAGUUUUUGCCGAGCGUGACUGCUGAGGAUCAAGACUCUGAGGAUGGAGUCUCCGACACAGAUGUCCUUGCUGCGUUAAGUGGUGGAAAUAAUAAGUUGUCAAAACCACAAACGGACCUGAAGACACCAGCGAAACAGAAUGAGAACACUCUGGACCUUAGUCUGACAUCAAGCGGUGGAGAGGAAAAUGACGACGAAGACCUGUCCUUCAGUGAACCUCCACUUGAUGACGAGGACGACGAACCGCUGACCAGGCCUAGUUCUGGGUUUUCGCCUUCUCCCCAACCGCUAACAUCCACACAGAAACCUCAAGGUCAAAAGCUGGACGACAAGAAAACUGACCAGAAACAAACUGUUCCUCCAAAGCUGGAUUUAGAUCUUGGCAGCACAGUAAGCUCCGUGUCCGAUCCAGACCUCAGUGGCACCUCAAAUAAAGACACCGCCAAAAAAGGCCAACAGCAGGAAGCUGGUAAACUGAACGAACCUGCUAAACCUGCUGACGGAAGUCAAAGUGAAGAUGAAUCAGCUUGGGACAGCUCGGAUGCGGAUCUUCUUCCUUCCGAUGGUCCCGAUACCACAAGAGGCAGUAGCUUAUUUGGAACUAGAAGCCCACCUCCUACCAACACGCCCGGAGAUAUCAAAGCUGAGAAAAAGACUGCUCCCUCCCCGCGUAAGAGUGGUGCGAACGACAGCGAUUCCGAAGCCACAGAAACGGAGAGCGAGUGGGAGAAAGAGAGAGCGUUGCAAAAAGCGAAGGGCAAGUUGUCUCAAAGUGCUGGAGGAAAAGGUGAGGACGAGGAGAAGGAAAAGCAGAGGAUGUUGAAAUGGGAGCAGGAACGAAAAGAAAAAGAAGAAGCUCUCGCUAGAGAGCUGCAGGCAGAGUUAGAGUUAGAAAUGGAGAUGGAACGAAAAGAACGAGAGGAUGACGAAAGGAGGAGAAGACAGGCAGAGGAAGAGAAUGAGAGGAGGCGAAAAGAAGAGGAGGAAAACGAGCGAAGGAGAAGAGCAGAAGAAGAGAACGAGAGGAAGAGACGAGAAGAAGAGAAACGCGAGAGGGAAAGACAAGAAGAGGAAAGACUGCGAAGAGAACAGGAAGAAAUAAGGAGACGUGAGAAGGAAAGAGAAGAACGAGAGAAAGAAGAGAAGCUAGAACGUGAGCUGCAACAGAAAGAAGAGGAAAGACUCCAGUUGGAACGUCAACAACAAGAAGAACGUCGGAAACGAGAAGAAGAAUUGCAAAGGAUUAAAGAGCAGAAUGAGCAAGAGUUGCGUAUGUUUGAGCUUCAGAAAGAACAAGAACUCGAGAGGCAGAGGAGGCUAAAGGAAGAAGAAAUGGAGCGACAGAAGAGAGAGUAUGAGGAAAGAUUAGAAAGGGAGCGAAUAGCGAUGGAAGAACAGAGAGCGAAGGAAGCUGAAGAACUACUUCAGAAGCAGAGAACAGCUGACGAAGAAGCAGAUCUGCUGCUUCAGGCCUAUCGGCAAAAACAGGAAGAGUUAUUGGAGAAGGAACGCCGGUUCGAGGAAGAGAUGAUACGGCGCGAAAGGGAACUGGAGGAGCGAAACAAACAAGCGGAGAGAAAUCCGGAAGUGGAAGUCGUGACUGUUGAGAAGAAGGAUCUGUCGCUCUCUUCUAUGCCGUUGGGAGGUGACUUGGAGCACUCCAAGGAGCUGGAAGAACUGGAGGAGUGGAAGAGGAUGUACGAGAUGAAUGUAGAAAAGGAAAAGACAGCUUUGGAGGAUGCUGUCAGGAAGAGGAAGGAAGAGGAACAGAAGGCCGAAGAGGCUGCGGCUAAACUGCGACAGAUUCAACAGGAAGAGGAGUUGAAGCGGAUCGAGGGAGCGCUACGUCACAGGCGCCAAGGAGAGGAGGUGAAGGAAGCGGAGAGGAAGCUCAAGAGGCUGGAGGUCGAGGAACAGGCUGUACAGACCAAGAAAGAAAUCGAGCAACUGCAGGUGAAGGACCUGGAAAGUCAAAAGAGUCGCUUAGACCAAGAAGCUAGUGCUAAGCUGGCUGAGCUGAAUAACAGGCAUCGUCGAGCGGAACUUGAACAGAAAUCGCGCCAAAUACUUGAAGAGCGAGAUCAGUUGAGCGCCACGUUCGAGGCGACGCGACAGAGGACCACUGAGUUGAACCAAGCACCUCAAGUUGCUUUACUGUCCCCAGACAAACGCCUCAGCGUCGUCAGCUUAGCGAGCGGACCACGUGACCAGGGUGAAACUGGCAGCAGGAAUCCUGGUCCUGGACACGAUAUGAAAGACAAGGACAAACCUGACGGACAGCCACUCACCAAUGGUUUCGCGGACGACGGAGACUGGUCCGAGUCAUCCGAGGAGGAUCACCAAGGGCGCUACUCUCCCCUGGUUGCCUUGUCAAUGAGUGGAACCAACGCAAAGCCUUCGACGGGAAUUUCGCCGCCUCGGGCUCAGUCUCCCUUCAACAAAGCCUCUACUCCGUUGAAUACAACGGGUGGUGCUCUGGGGACUUCCCUUAACGGUUCCUUCGCGCUUCAAGACAGCCAAAGUUUCGCUCGACUUCAAGAGGCUCUUCGCGAGUCUAAACGACAAGUGGAUAAACAGCGAGAGAGAAUUGUGGCGCUGGAAACAAGCAGGAAACAAAUGGAGGUCGACCUGUCUGAACUGCAAGAAAAAGUUGAAGCUCUUACUAAAGAGAAGUCUGAGUCUGAGCGACUGAAGAUGGAAGUGGAAGCUGCUUACAGGACACUGCAGUAUAAACACGACCAGGAGAGUGAAGCACGACGGGUAUCGGAAGCUCUUCUCACUCAGUUGAAGGAACAGAUCACAAGAUUGGAAGAAAAACUGGCGAAGGAACUUGAAAACCGUCAAAACGUUGAGGUCGAGAAACGCCAGCAGCAAACUGAAAAUAAAUCACUGAGAAACAAUUUACAACAACUGGAAUCUGAUGUGCGAGACUUGAAAAGAGCUUUAGCUGAAGAACAAGAAGCUCGUGCGGUACAGAACCAGUUACUGGACGAUGAAAAACGAAAGAACGAAGCCUUAGUUGAAGAGUCGCGUAAUCAUUCAAUACAGAAGAGUGAAGCUCUUUACCAACUCGAAGCUGUGGAUCAAACUCGUAGGAGUUACGAAGCCAGCAGUGGCUCGCUUAGAGAGGAGCUCAAAGCCGCACAGGUUGAGUUAGCCGAUACCAAAGCUCGACUGGAGGCCACUAAAGCGUCCAUGGGAAAAGAAAUCACACUUUUGAAGGAGAAACUGCAGAAGAAAGCAGAGAAAGUUGCUAAAAGCGAAGAAGCCCUUCUCCAAACACGCGCGGACUUCGACUCACACGUGGCCAGCGGAAGGAAUGAGCACGCGCAGAUCAGCAGCAAGUUGGAAAGCGAGACACAGACGAGAACUCGCCUGGAGUCUGAAAUUUCAUCAUUAAGAUCGAGAUUGGAGAAAUCCGACAAAGAACUAGAAAGAGCCAGUGUCGGCAGAGUGGAAGCUGAAAGACAAGCGCAAAAUUUGCGCGAUGAACUUUAUCAGGCGAAGCUAAGACUUGAGAAAGAAACUGCUUCCCUGAAGGAGACAAACAAGGCUCUUAUGGUGAAGCUGGAGACGGUUGAAAGCAAAGCAAGUAACCUUGAUAUCGAGCUUCAAACUGCCAAUGUCAUUCUAACGGAACGAGGAAGUCAACUGAACAUUGUACAGCGUGACACGGAGCAUCAGAAGUCUCAAUUCGAAAGACUACAGGAAAAAAUACGCCUGGAAAAGGAGCAAAACUCUAGACUUACUGCUAAAUUAGAAGGAAGUGACCUCAAAAUUUCCAGCCUUCACAGUGAUUGUGACUCGUUAAGAAGGCGAUUAGAAGAAAGCACUGAAAAGUUGAGAAAGCAAGAGGAAUCUGCUUUAAGAUCAGAGGAGAAAUUCAACGCUUUGCUUGCUUCAUCCAGAGCAGAUUUUGAGAAGAGUAAACACGUUAUGCAAGAGAAACAAGAAACUCUCCUGGACACAAUAAAUAAACUCAAGUCGGACGUCGACAAGGGAAAAGAAAAAAGUGUACAACAGAAGGCUCAAAUCAGAGAUCUACAACAGGAACUUAACGAAACAUCCAAGAAACUUGUUCAAUCUGAAACAGCUUUGGAGAUGCAAACCAAGCUCCGUGAAGAGCUGGAGGACGAGCGAUCUCAGUUGAGAAGCCAGUUAAUUAAUCUGGAAAAUACAGUAGCAACAGUGGAAGCGACGCGAGGUGAGGUGACCGGCCACGCGAUGAAACUCGAGGAGGAACUAAAACACACCAAACGAGUUCAAGGAGAGACCGCUGAUCGGCUGGUCUCCAGAAGCGCGGACGUAGAAUCUGUCACCCGAUCCCUGUCCCUAGAAGAGGAUGGCGAAGAACCGGCCCAGUUAGAAAAGAUGGUGACAAAACUCAAAGUGGAGAAGGCCCAAGUGGAGGCGUCUUUGAGAGAAGAGGAGGCUAAAUGUGGCAUGCUGUUGAAAGAAGUCAAGGAUGCAAACGAGGCCCGGCAGAGCUUGGAGAAACUGUUAUCUAAUGUCAAGGGAGACUCUAUAGAGUUAGAAAACAGAUUACAGUCUGAGUCACUCACUCGAACUCAACACGAAAGAGAGGCUGAAGAGCAUAAGGAAUUAUGGGAAGCAGAAGUACGGUCAAGAACAAAGUUGGGUGCUAAGAUUGCGGAAAUGGAAAAGCGACUGGACGAAGCACGAACAGAAAUGGACGAGGAAAAGCGUAAAACUCGUAAAGCACUGGAGAUGAAGAAAGUGUUGGAAGCUAAGUUAGAGGCCAGCGACCAAAGAUCAUCUCAACAUCAAAAAGAUGUCGUUGCUCUUAAAACGCAGCUCAAGUCUUACAAACGACGUUUCAAGGAAUACGAAGCCUCAGAGAGUCGGAUUCCUUCUCUGCGAGUUGAGUUUGACAAGGAGCGUUCUGCCAUGGAGUCACACAUUACUUCCUUGCGAAGACAGUUGGAUAACUUGAGCGAGCGGCUUCACCAAGAAUCAGAAAAUCGUUCACGUGUGGAGCUUUCAUCCAAACAACAGCAACAAGAGCUAUCAGCAGCGAAACAACACGAAAAGCGCCUUCUCUUCGACCAAGAACGUCUUGAACAGACCAACAGACAACUAGAGGAAGAAGUCGGAAGACUCAAGGCCUUCUACGAAAAUAAUUUUGUGGAGAAAGGACAGCUGGAAGCUUACAAGCAAGAACUCGAAGCUAAGUCUCGGUUUGAACUAAAUCGUAAACUAGAGGAAGUAAAUGCUCAUUUGGAAGAGCAGGCCGUUGCCCGAGAGAAAUUAGACAAAAUGCGCGAAGCAAACGAAUCAAAGACAAGAAAAGAAUUGGAGAUGACUAUAGCAGACCUCAAGGCCGAUGUGGCUAAGAUGCGCGCCGGCUAUCAUGAGAGCCAAACCCAGAGAGAAACCUUCGAUGCUGAAGCCAAGCGAUAUAAGGAUUUGUACGAAAUUGAGUUGAAGUCUAAAGAUAAGCUGGCCAAUCGUUUGUACAAAGCAAACGAGAAGAUGGCGGAGUCCCAAGCGUUGCUCAAUCUUGAGAGGUCACGGAGAAAUUUCGACGGCUUGCAGCGUGACACGUCUCCUCAUUCAGAUGCGCUUGCUGGACUAUUAAAUGGUUCACCUGCAACAAGUCCAGAUCGAAUGUACUCCAAGGUAAAGUUCGUGACAAUUAUAUGAAAUGAAAUAA